AUGUCAGAAUCAUGCGAUACCGUUACUUCCCCACAACUUAAAAGAAAACUAACACGAUCAUGUCUUUCAACAACCUUAUUAGUCAUAGCUUUUCCAGUAGCGUUAACUGCGGUUUUCUACCAACUCGAACCCUUCAAACCAGCUCACUUUCCAGCAAGAGAGUUACCCCGAACCGCAUCGGCCCCCACUGUCAUCCCGCGCAUGUUGGUUGGUUCGGAAGUUGUGGUGGAGGGAAAAGUGAAAGGACCUGAAGACCUGGCUUAUGAUAAGAGGAACCGUCUUAUCUACACUGGUUGUGAGGAUGGGUGGAUCAAGCGAAUUACGGUGAACAAAUCGGUGGCUGAUUCGGUUGUUAAAAACUGGGUUAACACCGGUGGAAGACCGCUUGGACUUGCUUUGGAAAAAACAGGUGAACUCAUAGUUGCCGACGCUGAUUUGGGGCUAUUGAGAGUAAGAGUAAAAGGAAAUAAAUCUAAUGUUGAAGUUCUGGCGAAUGAAUACAACGGGUUGAAAUUCAAUUUAACGGAUGGAGUUGACGUAGGUGAAGAUGGAACAAUUUAUUUUACAGACGCAACAUACAAAUACAAUUUGAAGGAUUUCUAUUUUGAUUUUGCGGAACGUAAACCUCAUGGGAGAUUCAUGAGCUAUAAUCCAGCAACAAAAAAAGUAGCAUUGCUUGCACGUAAUCUCUACUUUGCUAAUGGAGUUGCUGUUGCACCAGAUCAAAAAUUCGUUGUCUACUGUGAGACUAUUUUGUAA